AUGCAAUCCACCGACUUCUUGAAUGCUCCCAAUGAAUGGCCUGCAAUGCUGGCAAGGUCCAUCAGUAAACAGUCUCUCAAAUCCAAUCACGAUGAAGUUGCCGCAGUUAACAAUGCCCAGGAAGACGAAGUUUUUGCGGCUGCUCCAAAAACAGAACAUGGGCUUGAACAGCAGGAAGUGCCACUGGUUCAGCUUAAUAAGCGCACUCGCACUGGAUCGAAUUCGGUUCGUUUUUUUUGCGCUGUUAUCUCGCCUUCGAAAUAUCUUGUAAAUUAACU